AUGUCCAAGCUCGGGGGAUAUGCAGCAGCUGCACUCGAUAGUCUCACUCCUGCUCAACUCAGCUUUCUGCAGAGCCUUCCCAAGGCAGAACUUCACGCCCAUCUGAACGGAUCCAUCCCGCUUCCAGUCCUCCAGGAUCUCGCACGUAGUUACCUACAGGUACAUGCGUCUGAACUCCAUACCCUGUCGUCCGAUGUUGUUCGCGAAGGAAUAGAACGCCUGGUGCAGGGUGUCACUCUUGGUCAAAUCCACGAGUUCUUUGACUUGUUCCCCGCCAUCUACGCUUUGACCUCUACUCCCGUCGCGCUCGCUGCAGCUGCUCGCGCCGUCCUUGAACAUUUCCUCUCCAUUAGCGAUGGCUAUGUUCAAGCCGCGUACCUCGAGUUGCGCACCACUCCUCGUGAAACGUUUUCCAUGAGCCGUCUCCGGUAUCUUGAAACGGUGUUAGAUGAAGUGGAGCGAUACCCUGCAAGUCAGGCUGCCCUUAUAGUGAGCCUUGAUCGAAGAAUGCUCCCUGAAGUGGCUCUCGAUUGUGUCAACUGUGCAAUACAAUUGAGACAAAUGAAACGGAGGGUUGUCGGUGUCGAUUUGUGUGGCGAUCCGAGAGCUGGAAAUAUGACAGAGUUUGCGCAGCAUUUCCGUGCUGCGAAGGAGGCAGGCUUGGGUAUAACUCUCCACAUAGCCGAGAUUGAGGAAAGUCCUUCGGCUGAAAUUCACCAGCUUCUUUCUUUCAAUCCCGACCGACUUGGCCAUGCAACAUUUCUUGACGAUUCUUCAAAAAUCUUGGUCCGCGAACACAAGCUUUGCAUUGAAAUCUGUCUAUCGUCCAACCUCCUUUGUAAGACCGUGCGUGACUUGGACGCACAUCACAUCCGGUACUUUUUGCAGCAUAACCACCCUAUUGCCAUCUGUACCGAUGACAUCCUUCCUUUCCGUAACUCCCUUCUGGGCGAGUACGCCAUGCUGAUGGCCGUUCCGCCUCACGGACUUGGGCUCACGAAGUCGGAGAUCGAGAAGGUGGCACAAAUGGGGUUGAAUUGUCGCUUCGGGACGCGCAAGUCGUCGCGGUAUUUACAGAAUUAA